UAUCAUUCGCAUGUAAUAUUUCUUUUGCUGCUAAAAGUUGCAGCCUUUACUAUUGUUUCUGUGCGCACAUUUCGGCACGUGCAAUAUCGCGUGCGCUGAUACGUGUGACUUGUGACGUGGCUAACCCCCCAGAUAAUUACUGAGAUAUAUAACUUAAUCUAUAGUUAAAUACUGCACUAUUUUAAUAAUAAACCAGUUAUAAUUAUACCGAUGAAAUUAACAAACAUAUUUAAAGUUGGAUUGUUAUUGGUUGUAGUAGCUGGACAAAUUGUAGACACCGACGAAGAAUUAAUUUGCAGUCCAUCUAAUCCAAAAGAUUGUUAUCCUAAAUUAUUUAAACCAACCUCAAAGUGGCAACAGAUUCGUGAAGGCCAAGAUAUUCCUGCAGGUCUACACGUUAGAUUGAAUAUAGAUACGUUACAUAAGGAAGCCAAACUAAUGGAACCAUCUGAAGAUGAUCAAGUAUCACAAAAUGAUAUCGUGGUAGUAGCUGAAGAUCCAAGUAAAGAUAGUAAAGCUGAUAAACUUGUUAAACAAAAAGUUUCAAACAUUGUUCAUGGUCAUGAUGGUGAAGGGCAUGGACAAACCCGAGGGAAAUUAAAUUAUCAUGAAUUAAAUGAUUUUGAUGGUGCAGUAUAUCAAAUAGAUAUCUAUAGUGAUGGAACUAGUAAAGAUAUUAAUAAAGUUUCUCAAGCUUUAGAUACUUUAAGUGAUUUAAGUCAUGAUAUCAAAUUUGGAGUUAAAUUAACUGCCGAUAAAAAUGUAUUUGAUAACCUUGCUAAAUUAGCUACUAAUGCAAAAGACCCUAAAAUAACGGAGACAAUUUAUAGAAUUAUGGGCUCAUCAUUAAGGAAUAAUCCUGAAGCUAUUAGUAAUGUAUUAAAGAAUUCAGAUGAAGGUUUCAUCAAUAAUCUUUUCACGAGCUUGAAUUUCGAAUCAGAUAUUAUUCAAAAGAGAAUCCUUGGUAUUAUUCAAGGAUUAACUCAAAGUGAUCAUUUCAAUUCUCAAUAUUUUAGUUCUUCAAAUAAUAAAGGAAUUAAUAAUUUAAUAUCUGUAUUUCCAAGUCUUGGAGAAGAAUCGAAGCAAAGAUUUGUUAAUAUAUUUGAAGAUUUGAAUUUAAUUGCUAUAUCAGCCAAUAAUGAAAAGAGACAAUAUGAUUUAUCUAAUCCUGAUCAUACAGUAUCAGAUUAUUUACAAAAUUCGCUUAUUAAUAAUCAAUUAGCAAAUGAUUCACAAUUUGAACUUUUCUUUAAAAAAUUAGUUGAUAUUCAUAAGUUAAAUGAUUCAUUAAGACCUUCAAAGGAAUUUUUAAAUUGGUUAAGUAAAGAAGUAGAAGUUAGGAAAGAAAAUAGGAAAAGAGAUGAGAAUUACACAACUUCGAAGAGAGAAUUUGAUGAAUCCUUGAUCCAUGCUAGACAUGUAGUGUUUGGCAAUCCUCAUGGAUUAAGAAAAGCACUCGCUGACGAUUUAUGA